GGUUAUUCGGUUGAAGGUGUUUAUAUGCGAAAUUGGGAUACAACGGAUGAAAGUGGUGUUUGUACAAGUGAUCAGGAUUGGAGAGAUGUACAGGCAGUUUGCAAACAACUGGACAUUCCUUGUCGACACGUUGACUUUACAAAAGAAUAUUGGGUAAAAGUAUUCACAAAAAUGAUAGAAGAUUAUGAAAAUGGGUUUACUCCAAAUCCUGAUAUCAUGUGUAAUCGUGAAAUCAAGUUUGGUUUAUUUUUAGACAAAUGUUUGGGACCUAUGUUUAAUGCAAAGUGGUUUGCUACAGGACAUUAUGUUCAAGUAGACCACACUCAUGGAAGAGUAAAGCUAUUAAAAGGUGUUGAUAGCACUAAAGAUCAAAGUUACUUCUUGUCAACUGUUCCUGAAGAAAAGCUUAAAUGGGCAAUUUUUCCAGUUGGCAAAUUAUAUAAAACACAAGUAAAAUCAAUAGCGAGUAACGCAAAUCUUAUCACUGCAAAUAAGAAAGAAA